UUGAGAGGAUGGGAGAGACCAUUUUGACACCUAAUGGACCCAUAGCCUCAACCAUUUGCCAACCAAAGACAAAAACACCAUCCUCCCUCCUCUCCCACUCAUUGCACUCGUCCAAGCACCAAGAAAGAAGGAAAAAGGCUCUGCAAAUUCAGUCCUCCAUAGCUAAUCUCGAGCUCAAGCUCCAACAAGAAAAAGGGAGAAGUUUAGGAGAGGAAAAAGGGAAGAAAAAGGUGGUGAUUAAGGAACGUGUAAAAGGUGAUUUGAGAGCUUUCACAAGGUUUAAAGAGUCGCCGGAGUUGUCACCGGAGUUCGUCAAAGUUCACCGGAGUUGGCCGGAGUUCAACCGAGAAGGGUAGAACUUCAUCACGCUCAUUGAGGUUGAAGCUCAAGCUUGCUAUUCUCACCUUGCUCGGUGAAGUGAUCUAAAGGGAGACGUGGUUCGUGCUUCCUUUACCGUUUUUUAAACUUUAAACUAUGCUCAUGGAUAUUUUGUAAUAAGUACAUUGUUUUGGGCCUGCGAGCCCGCGUAUUGGCCAUAUGUGGCCCAUGGUUGAACAUUGAAUAUUUCCGCGAAUCGUUCAAUCCAAAUAUGUGAUGUUGUUA